AUGCGUACUGCCGUGAUAUCCCUCAUAGCUCUCCUGGCAAGCGGUGUCUGGGCCCUUCCCGCUGCUUCGCCAGUUCGAGGGCAGAAUGCGAACUGUUUUCCUUUCGGAAGUGCAUCGUUCAACGGUUCGCUCCAAGCACCCAACGUGACGAGAACGGAAUGGUGGUGCCCUCAAUCCAUGACAUAUGGCUUCCUCGGCUUCUCGUAUCCCAUGGAAGGAGAGUGCUACGAUGACAGCUUCGACCGCAUCAAUGCCGACCUGCAACGCCAGAAGCGUGACUUUGGUGCCAGCUUGAUCAGAGUUUACCUGCCAUAUUGCUACACCACUUAUAUCUGGGAGAAUCUUAUCAAAGCAGCUGUCGCCAAUGACAUGGGAGUUGUUGCCCAGGUUGCGUGGCCUCUGAACGGUGAUCCACUUGAAUACUGGCAGAAGAUUGCUGCCUCCAUCAUUGAGAUCCUCUCAAACAGCACUUACAAAGACGUUGCACCCUAUGUGUUUCACAGCAUUGAAUUUGGGACGGAACCAAUUGGCGACAUGGACGAUGGCGACAACUUCAUCAACGACCUCAUCAACUUCAAGGCAGCGGUAAAGCCCUACGGCAUUCCAGUCGGCAUCAGCGAAGACUGGGACCGUCCCGGGAUCAUGUGUAGUAACUACACCGCAGGUCAAGCACCGGGUCUCGGCCCUACAGGGAAGCAGAUACUUCCACAAAGCGACUUUGUCCACGCUCAUAUUAUGCCAUACUAUCAUGGAUAUAACAUAUCUGGGUCGUGGCAGUAUAUCAGUGACCAGGUGCACUGGUACAAGAACUACACGCCUGUUCCUCUUGUGAUCUCUGAGACACAAUGGGCUUGGGAGCUCAACGUUCUGCAUCAGGGAAGCAAAGACAUUGGGACUCCGCAGUACACGACGUUCUGGAAGACGUACGACGCGAAUUGCCAAUUCUUCAAGAAGAACAACGUAGGCUGGUUUUUGCACGCAUGGAAAUGGGAAGGGACCUUCAAUAUGGUCACUCCGAAUAACUCGUAUGCGAUACCGGAUUGGAAACCGCAGAAGUGCUAG